AUGCAGCGAGUUAGGGCAACGGACGGCAACCGCGUUCUGGAUGAUCCGUCUGAUGACCAGCUCCACGACUUGCUCGCGGACAUGGACCUUUGGUGUAAUUUUGUCGUUCUGGAGCGGCUUCCCACCAAUAUCGAUUCGGGCUAUGACUAUUUCAUCCAAGUAGCAUUGAACGCGGAGCCUGGUUACGGGAGCUAUCAGGUCGAAUAUCGCGAAGGCGGACCAGCCCACCAUUUCCAAGCAACGGUAUUGCGUCAGUCCGAGAUGGGCAGCGCCUUUGACCCCGGUUUCGAGCAGGUCGUGCGAGUCAUCUGUGACUGGGCGGCUGACAAUCAACUAUGGCGUACAGCCCUUCCCUGGAAAUUGCUGGAUCUGGCCAAUUAUUCUAAUAAUGGAUUCAUUCCUUUCUUCUAG